AUGGGCAUUUGUGUUUCUUCUCACAGUACAAGAACACCGGAGGAUGAGCAGCAGCAGGGGCGGUGGCCGUCGUCAGCCAAGGUGGUGGACCUAGAGGGGCGGCUAGAGGAGUUCCGGCAGCCGGUGACGGCGGAGGAGGUGCUCUCCCGCCACCCAAACUGCUACCUCUGCAGCUCCGACAGCAUGCUCAUCAACUCGAACGCGCCCCAAUUCCCCAAAGGCCACGCGCUGCAGCUCGGCCAAAUAUACUUCCUAAUGCCACUCUCCAAAUCACUAACGCCACUCUCUCUUGAAGACUUGUGCCACCUCGCCAUCAAAACCAGCACAGCUCUCGCCGCCGCCUCUCACCCAUUUCUCCAUCGAUGCAAAACACUCACAAUUUCUUCACAUGAAAAUUACAAAAAUAUUGUCACUUCUUAA